GGAAAAUGCUGCUCAACAACAUCCACACAGCCGUCAUUCUCCUGCUGCUCCUGGAUCCAGUUAGUUCGGGCCUGGUAGUUUUAAAACGACCGAAGCGUUUAUGGAGUCUGGCAGCACCGUGGUAUUCAUAGAUGCGGGCUAUACAGCGUCUAUAUGCACCGUGCACGGAGGUGUAAACGACACGCAAGAUUCCGUUUAAAAAUAAGACAUUUUAAAGUUCACACGCGUAUCGCACGGUGCUGCUACUCGAUACAACAUGAUGUGCGACCUCAACGGAAUUUGGAGGAUCUUCUGAUCAAUUCGGCAUACAUGUGGACCACCAGAGAGUUGUCCAUGUGAACAAAAUCAUGGCUUAAAUUGGUUCACACAACUCACUGCCACCCACGGGCAUGUUGGGUGGAAAAAGACAGUUGGGAGUAUAUUACAGUGUAUUGGAUGCAUGCCGAAUAUAAGAGUGCAACCUGAAGAUUUAUCUAGUGUCAAGUCUUGCAGCUGCUGUACUCAUUUGCCCUCCAGCAAGACUCUACAGUUAAAUGCUCGGUAUGUCGGAUGAAGAUUCCCGUGCCAGCACCAGCUCUUCCUCUUCUUCAUCCUCAACUCACCAUCAUCAGCAGCAGCAGCAACAGGAGCCGAACUCCCAGAAGAAACGAGAAAGCAAAGCCAGCAUGAGCAAGACCUCCAAACUCCUCUCUACUAGUGCGAAAAGAAUUCAGAAAGAAUUGGCUGACAUUACGUUGGAUCCGCCACCAAACUGCAGCGCCGGUCCUAAAGGAGACAACAUCUAUGAGUGGAGGUCGACCAUCCUGGGCCCUCCAGGCUCCGUGUACGAGGGAGGAGUGUUUUUCCUGGACAUCGCCUUCACACCAGACUACCCCUUCAAACCACCCAAGGUGACGUUCCGUACGAGGAUCUACCACUGUAACAUCAACAGUCAGGGGGUGAUCUGUCUGGACAUCCUGAAGGACAACUGGAGUCCUGCCCUCACCAUCUCCAAGGUCCUACUGUCCAUCUGCUCCCUGCUCACUGACUGCAACCCUGCUGACCCGCUGGUUGGAAGCAUCGCCACACAGUACACAACAAACAGACCAGAACACGACAGGAUAGCCAAACAGUGGACCAAACGCUACGCCACAUAAUCACCAGAGGAGCUGCUGGUUGGACGACUUGGGGAUGUGGGGCGUCGACUCGGGUGGGGCGUGGCUCCCAGCGGAGGAGGGAGGCGGGGCAGGUAGAGGGGCGGGUGGAUUUUUAUCUCGGAAUUGAAAUCUUAACUCCUGACAUUUUUGUUGUUUAUUGUAUUUUUUUUUUUUUUAAGUUAUCUCCGGCCCAACUAUAAUCAAAUCUGGCAAUAAUGCAUUCUCUGUUUUCUCUUUUGAAUUUUUAGUUCAUGCUUGAAGAUGGAAAUUAAUACUAAACUGCUAGAUGAAACAUGUCACAGCAUGAAUCCCAGUCAAUUAUGUCAGUGUAAAUUUUCACAUAUUAAAAACUCCAGUUGGUGUUUGCUCCCCCCCCUCCCCCUCCAAACUCCUGGUCUUUGAAAAGGUGUUUUACACAUGUAGACAUGUUUAGAUAUGGAUGGAUAUUGGUUGUGAUUUGUGUUCUGUAUUGAUGAAAAGCUGUUUUGUUUCUCCCUUAAAGAAUUAAACAUGACCAACUGAA